UUCCGCCUGCUCCCUCUAUACUGGUGAAGGUUCAUUCGGUCACUGUCAUCUGUUUUUUUAAGAGGUUUUACAAGUUUUUAUAAACUAUGUCUGGUCGUGUUCUUGUCGGAGUUAAGCGAGUCAUUGACUACGCUGUUAAGAUUCGUGUGAAGCCAGACAGUACUGGUGUGGUAACUGAUGGUGUCAAGCACUCAAUGAACCCCUUUUGUGAGAUUGCUGUGGAGGAGGCAGUCAAGCUGAAGGAGAAGAAGCUAAUCAAGGAGGUAGUGGCAGUCAGCUGUGGGCCACAGCAAGCUCAGGAAACUAUUCGUACUGCCCUGGCCAUGGGAGCUGACCGUGGCAUUCACGUUGAAGUCUCUGGGAAAGAUUAUGACAACUUGGGACCACUGCAGGUCUCAAAGAUUAUGGCUGCUCUAGCCAAGAAAGAGGAUGCUCAGCUUGUCAUCUUAGGCAAACAGGCCAUUGACGAUGACUGCAAUCAGACUGGCCAAAUGACAGCUGCUUUACUCGAUUGGCCACAGGGCACAUUUGCAUCUGAAGUGAUGUUGGAAGGAGACAAGUUAGUGGUGCGAGAAAUAGAUGGUGGCCUUGAAACCAUUAAGAUUAACUCUCCGGCUGUGGUGACUGCAGACCUGCGCCUCAACACUCCCAGAUAUGCGACCCUGCCCAAUAUCAUGAAAGCCAAGAAGAAGAAGAUCGAUAAUGUGAAGCCAUCAGACUUGGGGGUGGACCUGACAUCCAGAUUGGAGGUGUUGAGUGUGGAUGAGCCACCUCAGAGGCAGGCAGGGACGAAGGUGGAGACUGUUCAGGACCUGGUAGACAAACUGAAAGAGGCAGGAAGGAUAUAGGCACAUUAGCAACAUAUGCAUGGAAGUGUGGCACUUGACAAAAGAGACUCUGAGGAAUAACAGAACUACAUUAUGUGAGGACUAGGUUAUCGAUGUCUAAUCCCUCCAUUUUAGACCGGUUCUUGAGGUAGUGCAGGGAAUUACUGACAGAAGAUGGGUACCAAGAAACACUGUCUUGCUUCAGACAUGACAAACAGGAUUCAAAUGGACUUUUUGGGGUAUUUCUUUUAUAAAUUUCAUAUGUGUCCAUGACAACUGGUCAAAAUAUCAAAGGUUAAGUAUGAAAUGUCUCCACUUGACUGUAUUUCCAACCAUCUACCUUCCACUUACUCUUGUUUCUUUGGUAAUGCAGUUUCAAGACAAUUGCAUGAAUAAGCAGUUUCUUAUAUCUGUUUUCACACAAAUUAAGAGGACAGUGUUGUGUGUGUGUGUGUGUGUGUGUUUUUUUUUUUGUAAACUACAGCUGUAAUUCAUAGAUGUACUCCAUUAUUGUGUCUGGCAGUUUGAUUUGUGUAAUUUAUCUAAUUGCAAUCAAGUUUCACAACUGUCAAGGUGGUAUCUCUCACCAUGCACAAUGGAAAUGAACACAGAAUUUUUGCCAGAAACAUUUCAGUUGUGUUAAUUUUACGUAACUUUACCAUGACAAUAAAGCAACUGUCCUUUUUCUAUAUUCACAUACAGCAA